AUGGCAACAAGUUGCGGUGCUGGUGAAAUUGUAAAUAAUUUUUGUUCAUCUAUUGAGGGAAAUGUGUUGAGAAAAGGUUCAGAAGAAUACAAAGCAUCACUUUUAAAUCGUUGGAAUUUAGAUGUUCAAAAUGCACCACUCUUGAUAGUGUUCCCAAAAAAUAUAAAUGAUGUUGUUAAAGCUGUAAAUUUUUCAAGAGAGUGUGAAUUGGAUUUAGCAGUUAAAUCGGGUGGCCAUGGUAUCUCAUCUGCAUGUGUUAAUGGUUUAUUAAUUGAUUUUUCAAAAAUGAAAAAUAUUAAAGUAGACCCAGAUACUAAAACUGUUAGAAUUGAAGCUGGUUGUACUCUUGGAAAUUUAGAUGACGAAACUUCAAAGUUUGGAUUACAUAUUCCAUCAGGCCAUGUUUCACACACUGGUUUAGCAGGUUUAACAUUAGGUGGUGGCAUUGGUCAUUUGUCUAGAAGUCUUGGCUUAACAUCAGAUAGUUUGUUAGAGAUUACAAUGGUAGAUUAUAAAGGUGAUAUAUUGGUUGUAAAUGAAGAAACCAAUCCAGAGUUACUUUAUGGCAUGAGAGGUGCUGGUAGUAAUUAUGGUGUUGUUACUGAAUUUGUAUUUAAAUUGCAUCCAGUUUCCAAUGUUUAUUUAGGCACAUUUGUAUAUAAGCACGAUAAUUGCAAAGACGCUUUGGUAAAGUUGGGUGAGCUUGCAUCGGAUCCAAGCACACCAAAUGAAUUGUCAUGCGCUAUUUCGAUCACACCAGAGGGUGUUGCAGUAAUGGCAAUUUACAACGGUACAGAAGAGAAUGGCAAAGAGAUUAUUGAAAAGAUAUCCACAUUUGGUUCACCCUUUGUCAGCAGAAUUAACAUGAUCCCAUAUGUCAUGCUCCAAAAGGUUAUUGACGACAAAGUACCACACGGUCUAAAGUACUAUCAACGUGGACCAUUCAUUAAAGAUUCGCUUAAUAAAGAGAUUGUUGACAUCAUCAUCGACUCGUACAAUAGCCACCCAACCAAAUCAGGAGCUAUUCUCUUGACACAUUUAGGCGGUAAAGUAAGAGAGACACCAAAGGACUUUUCUUCAUUUGCACACAGAGAGGCCGAAUACCAAAUCAUCCUUCUUUCCAUCAUUCCAUCAGAUGACACCAAGCAAGCUAUUCGUCAAUGGACCGUCGACACACAUACAAAGCUAUCUAAAUACUGUUUCGGUGAUUAUUCUAAUACUACAGAUGGUUCACAACCAAUGACUCUUGUUUAUGGACAUUGCUAUGACAAAUUGGUAGAAUUGAAAAAUAAAUAUGACCCCACCAACUUUUUCCAUAAUAAUGCUAAUAUCAAACCAAGUUUAGAUGCUAGUAAUAAUAUGUAA